AGUGUCGUAAAACAUUUAAUUUACUUCCCCAUACAGCAGCUAGUGUGUACAAGGUGCAAAAGCGAUGGUGCUCUAAAAACAACAUUCUUCUUACCGAACUUAAAAUUCAUGAAGAUUUUCAUUAGACAACUUGAAAGGUUAAAGCAUGGAGGACAUGGAAGAAGAAAGUUCUGGUCUAAAUGACGACCACAACCACAACUACUGUGAAAACAGUGCCAGUGGACAAGUCCACAAUCUCAGGACCGAACUGUCAAGUGAACCCCAGACCCUACCAGUUUUUCCGGUUCUGGGCACGCGAGAGGUAGCGACGCAGGAGAAUCACGCAAAUAUUUGUUCCAGUUCCAGCAGUGGUUCAAAGUUCGUGGAUUCAGACUCUAGCAGCGUGAACAGUGACACCAGCGAGACUGACAGCGCAUCGCCAGCUUCAAUCGCAGGGAAACUGACCCUAAACUCCGCCUCAAAGUUUCUAAUGAAUGCAAUGACCGAAGAGGACUAUAGAACCACAUACUGGCCGAACCUGGAGAAAGCCAUUGACCACCUGCUGAUACAAAACCCCAUGGACCACAUCUCCAUUUCAUAUGAGCAGAUAUACAGUUACGUGUACAAGUGUGUUUGUCAACAGCACUCAGAGCUACUGUACAAAGACUUGAUGCUGAAGAUUACUACCCAUCUUCAACAAGUCUCAUCUGAUUUACAAAUUGUUCCACCAGGGAAUUUCAUUGAGUAUUUCAACAUUGCUCUGACUCAGUACACAGAUGCUCUUCAAUGCAUAGUUCCUGUAUUCAUCUACAUGAAUAAGUUCUACAUUGAAACGAAGCUAAACCGACACCUGCGAGAAGAUCUCAUGAAGCUUUUUACUGAUCAUGUUGCAGAAAAACAUGUGAACACGCUGAUACCUCUUCUCCUCGAAGCCCAUUCCAUGCCUUUUCAAGUCAGACCUUCAACAAUGGCCAGUGUCGUGAAAGGCCUGUAUACUCUUCGGCCAGAUUGGGCACAUUUAGCCCCAGCUCUCUUCUCUGGAUUCAUUCCUCAAAUCAACCCGCCGACAGUGGAAUCCCAGCUCUCCGACUAUGCUGCUCAUGACCAGAAACUACAAAUGGAGCUCUCUCUGAAUGGCUUUCCCAGAGGUGACCAGUCUCGCAAGAGAGCCAGCGAGGAGUCUGCAUAGAGUGCUCAGACAGUCAUCGACCUGGCUCAACCCAAAUUCACAAAACACUGAACGAUUAAGAUUCUCUGAUGCUGAGUGCAGUGGGUGAGCAUUAAGCAUGGGCUCGUUUUUGACCCGCAAGAGUCGUAGUGGACACUGCUUUCUUUGCCUCUUUUGAAAAGCACAGUGAAUUCAUAAUGGUGCAUAAUGAUUUUGUCAGCUUUUGGUGAUGAAUCCAUCUUCUUUAUUGUUAAGGUAUUAUGUGGUUUCAUGUCUUUGUUCUUAUUUUCUCCAUUAAAGUGUGCCUUCUGCUCU